GUCCUAGGAGCAACUUUGCCCCACCCCUCGGGAUCUUAUUGUCUACAAUUAGGCCCAGUAACAUCUUGUGGGGGCGAAAUUCGGGAAAGGUUCUGUGGAGGAAGUAGCAGAUGGGCAGGAUUUCAGCCGGGGAGAAUUGAGAGAAUAAAGAACGGGCCUUCCGAGCCAGGAGAACUGCAUGAGCAAGGAGGUUUUGAUAAUGCUCCAGGGCCUGUAAGGGUUGGUGUUUCCCUUUCAAGAUGCCACUUUCAGACUUUAUUCUGGCCCUGAAGGACAAUCCCUACUUUGGAGCUGGAUUUGGGCUUGUGGGUGUGGGCACAGCCUUGGCCCUGGCCCGGAAGGGUGCCCAACUGGGCCUGGUGGCAUUCCGGCGCCAUUACAUGAUCACACUGGAAGUCCCUGCUCGAGACAGGAGCUAUGCCUGGUUGCUUAGCUGGCUUACCCGUCACAGUACCCGUACUCAGCACCUCAGUGUCGAGACUUCGUACCUUCAGCAUGAGAGUGGCCGCAUUUCCACCAAGUUUGAAUUUGUCCCCAGCCCUGGGAACCACUUUAUCUGGUAUCAGGGGAAAUGGAUCCGGGUAGAACGAAGUCGAGAGAUGCAGAUGAUAGACUUGCAGACAGGGACUCCUUGGGAAUCUGUCACCUUCACAGCCCUGGGCACUGACCGAAAGGUUUUCUUCAACAUCCUGGAGGAAGCUCGAGAGCUAGCCUUGCAGCAGGAGGAAGGGAAAACCGUGAUGUACACAGCUGUGGGCUCUGAAUGGCGCCCCUUUGGCUAUCCCCGCCGGCGGCGGCCACUGAAUUCUGUGGUUCUACAACAGGGUCUGGCCGACCGAAUUGUCAGAGAUAUCCGGGAAUUCAUUGAUAACCCCAAGUGGUACACUGAUAGAGGGAUUCCCUACAGACGUGGCUACCUGCUUUAUGGGCCCCCUGGUUGUGGAAAGAGCAGUUUUAUCACAGCCCUGGCUGGGGAACUGGAACACAGCAUCUGCCUGCUGAGUCUCACAGACUCCAGCCUCUCCGAUGACCGGCUCAACCACCUGCUGAGCGCGGCCCCACAGCAGAGCCUGGUGCUCCUGGAGGACGUGGAUGCUGCUUUUCUCAGUCGAGAUUUGGCUGUAGAAAACCCAGUAAAGUACCAAGGUCUAGGCCGUCUAACCUUCAGUGGACUGCUCAAUGCAUUGGAUGGUGUGGCUUCCACUGAGGCACGCAUUGUGUUCAUGACCACCAACCAUGUUGACAGACUGGACCCUGCCCUGAUACGCCCAGGGCGAGUAGACCUGAAGGAGUAUGUGGGCUACUGCUCACACUGGCAGCUGACCCAGAUGUUCCAGAGGUUCUAUCCAGGGCAAGCACCUUCCCUGGCUGAGGACUUUGCAGAACAUGUCCUGAAAGCUGCAACCCAGAUCAGUCCUGCCCAGGUGCAGGGUUACUUCAUGCUGUAUAAAAAUGACCCGGCAGCAGCGAUUCACAAUGCUGAGUCGCUGAGGAAGUGAUCAGCUGGGCUGUGCUUGUUUCUCCCCUCUGGGAAAUCAAUAAACACCUGCCACACUA